AAAAGUGCAACUGAACCGUGGUUGCAUCAGCGCGUUGAGUAGCACUUACCGGCGGAGUUACAUGCUGUUAGAUAUUUACUAUUUUAUUGUCAUUUCCAGUACUUUAUCAAGUUAUAUCUAGGUAUUUCAGUCCAAAAGCAGUUGAAUUAGAGGCAGCUAGAUGAAACUAUUCGUGAGUGACGGAAAUCCGCACUGUGUUAAAGUGCUGGCAGUGCUUGAAUUUACGGGAGUCAAAUGCGACGUUAAACAUGUCAACCACGAAGAGAGAGUGGUGCCCUACCUCAGCCGUCCAGCCCUGCCUGCCCUGCUCCUCCCCAGUGGAACACACCUCUUCAGCCCCAACUCCAUCUGCCAAUACCUGAUAGAGCUGAAUGGACAGGAAUCCAGUGAUAUCGUCAACCAGUGGCUGGAAUGGGAAGCUACAGAACUACAGCCUGCAGUGAUGCAGGCCCUUCACAUGGUGGUGCUGCAGGGAAAAGGAGCAGAAACCCCCAGGGUUCUACGGGGACCUCUCAGCUACCUGGACCAGAGUCUGAGCCAGAGGACCACGCCGUUCCUCACUGCUGAGAUGGUUUCUGUGGCAGAUGUGGUUCUGUGGGCAGCUCUCUACCCUAUCCUGUCUGACAGCAGUCUGGUAUCAGGUAAUCAGACGCUGCAGCUCUGGUUUGAGCGUGUGGGCAUGUUGGCAGCCUGUGUGUCUGCAGCCCAGACUGUACUUCAGGGGAAGGGACUGAAGGCGGAGUCUCUGAAGACCUACCUGCAGAAACAGCCAACCACACACCAUGGUCAGGGACAGGUUCAGGGUAGAGGCACACAGCCAUGCAACAGCCCUGAGGGUGAUGAUGAUUGUGUGCUGUCAGAGGAAGAGAUCCAGUCUGCCGCGGUCACCUGGGGUAAAGGACUUACAGACUUACCCAUGGUUCCAGAGAGACAACACCCUAUUCUUCCUCAGGAGGGCAAGAGGAACGUCCUAGUGACCAGUGCCUUGCCUUAUGUUAACAACGUCCCUCAUCUGGGCAACAUCAUCGGCUGUGUGCUCAGCGCUGACGUCUUUGCCAGGUAUGGUCGUCUGCGUGGUUGGAAUGUACUGUAUGUGUGUGGGACUGAUGAGUACGGUACAGCUACAGAGAACAAGGCCCGUGAGGAAGGUCUGACAGCGCAGCAGAUCUGUGACAAGUACCAUGCUGUCCACGCCUCCAUCUACCAGUGGUUCCAGGUGGACUUCGACUUCUUUGGCCGCACCACCACAAAGAAACAGACCGAGAUAGCCCAGAACAUCUUCUGGCGUCUCCAUGAGCGAGGCUUCCUACUUGAAGACAUUGUGGAGCAGCUGCGCUGCGAGGCGUGCCAGCGUUUUCUAGCCGACCGUUUCGUCGAGGGAACAUGUCCCUUCUGCUCUUACCCAGAGGCCCGAGGGGACCAGUGUGACAAGUGUGGCAAGCUUAUCAACGCUGUGGAGCUACGGGAGCCUACUUGUAAGGUGUGUAGUCAGACUCCUGUAGUCCAAUCCUCCAAACACCUGUUCCUGGAUCUGCCCAAGUUGGAGGCUGAGUUGGAGCAGUGGUUGGAGAGGUCUACUGGGUCAGGGGACUGGACGGCCAAUGCCAAACAGAUCACCAGAUCCUGGGUGAGGGACGGACUCAAACCCCGCUGCAUCACCAGAGACCUGAAGUGGGGAACCCCUGUACCUCACCCCGACUUCUCUGACAAGGUGUUCUACGUGUGGUUUGACGCUCCUAUUGGUUACCUGUCCAUCACAGCCAACUACACUGACCAAUGGGAGAAGUGGUGGAAGAACCCACAGCAGGUGGAGCUGUAUAACUUCAUGGCCAAGGACAAUGUUCCGUUCCACAGUGUGGUGUUCCCCUGCUCUCUACUGGGAGCACAGGACAACUAUACACUGGUCAACCACCUGGUGGCUACAGAGUACCUGAACUACGAGGACACCAAGUUCUCUAAGAGUCGAGGUGUUGGUGUGUUUGGUGACAUGGCCAAGGAUACGGGCAUCCCCUCUGACGUGUGGCGAUUCUACCUGCUGUACCUCCGUCCCGAGGGACAGGACUCGGCCUUCUCCUGGGUCGACAUGGCCACCAAGAACAACUCUGAGCUGCUCAAUAACCUGGGCAACUUCAUCAACAGGGCUGGUAUGUUUGUCAGUAAGUUCUUUGAGAGCUGUGUCCCUCCCAUGGCUCUUCAGCAGGAGGACAAGAGACUGUUGGCUCAGGUGGGAUGGGAGCUGAAGCAGUACAUUAACCUCAUGGACAGAGUCAAGAUCCGUGAUGCCCUGAAGUGUAUCCUCAACAUCUCUCGCCACGGUAACCAGUACAUCCAGGUCAACGAACCCUGGAAGAAAAUUAAAGGAGACGAAACAGACAGGCAGCGAUCCGGUACAGUGACAGGUGUGUCUGUGAAUGUGGCGUGCCUGCUGUCCGUCAUGCUCCAGCCCUACAUGCCAACGGUCAGUCAGACCAUCCGCCAGCAGCUGAAUGCUCCGCCCUCCGUUACCGGGACCCUGCUGCAGGGCACAGGGAACUUCGUCUGCUCUCUGCCCGCCGGGCAUCACAUUGGCACGGUCAGCCCGUUGUUCCAGAAACUAGAGUCCGAACAGAUUGAGUCUCUGAAGAAGAGGUUUGGAGGACAGCAGCCAGAGGAGGAAGAAGAAUCCAAACCGAAGCCAAAGACGACAGCCCAGCCUGAUGUCAACGCCCAGCCUGCCACGACCCCAGCUUCAGGUCCGGCUGCUCAGACUGCAGUUAACGGCGCAGACGCUGAGAGAGCCAGGGAGUUGACACGAGCUGUGGCAGAACAGGGGGAGAAGGUCCGGACCCUGAAGGGCCAGAAGGCAGAGAAAACUGUGAUUGGAGCAGAGGUCACCAAACUACUGGAACUGAAGAAACAGCUGUCCCUGGCUGAGGGAAAGGACCCAGAACCAGUGGUGACAAAAGGCAAGAAGAACGCCCAGCCUGCCACGACCCCAGCUUCAGGUCCGGCUGCUCAGACUGCAGUUAACGGCGCAGACGCUGAGAGAGCCAGGGAGUUGACACGAGCUGUGGCAGAACAGGGGGAGAAGGUCCGGACCCUGAAGGGCCAGAAGGCAGAGAAAACUGUGAUUGGAGCAGAGGUCACCAAACUACUGGAACUGAAGAAACAGCUGUCCCUGGCUGAGGGAAAGGACCCAGAACCAGUGGUGACAAAAGGCAAGAAGAACGCCCAGCCUGCCACGACCCCAGCUUCAGGUCCGGCUGCUCAGACUGCAGUUAACGGCGCAGACGCUGAGAGAGCCAGGGAGUUGACACGAGCUGUGGCAGAACAGGGGGAGAAGGUCCGGACCCUGAAGGGCCAGAAGGCAGAGAAAACUGUGAUUGGAGCAGAGGUCACCAAACUACUGGAACUGAAGAAACAGCUGUCCCUGGCUGAGGGAAAGGACCCAGAACCAGUGGUGACAAAAGGCAAGAAGAAGUGAUUAGAAAGAGAGAGAAGACCGACAAGAGACUGGACAAAUAUGAGAGAAGUAGAGGCAAGAUUUGAAUAAUAAUAAUAAGAAAUAUGAGACACACAUCUGUGACAGGAUGGAAGACAACGUUUUGUUGCUUAUGGGGACAGAGUAAUAGGAAAGAACAGUAAUCGAAGAGGGGGGGGGGGGUAAAUUGAAAACUGCUACAAAAUAUUCAGUCAAGACUAUUUCUACAUCUCUUUACUCGAAGUAGCAGGUUUAAGUAGGCUUCUGGCUCGGUGGGUUCCCCGUCAUUUUAUCACGGUAUCAUGAAGAGAUAUAAAAUGGUGUCGCUGCGACCAGGCUGGUGGCUACGGUUCUACUGUCACUAUGCAAGCCAGUAGUUCAGGUCAGUGUGUGUAGAACGAUGUCUGCAUAAUGAUAUUGUAAUAUUGUUAUAUAAAAAAAUAAAAAAAAGUCAUGUUUUUA